ACUCACUUAUCAAUUAAGAGAGUCAUAUUAUGGCUAAGUUCAUGAUGCUUAUUAUUCUUUUUUGCGCUUUAUAUUGUUUUACUGAGCUAGUUAUUAAUGGGGAAAAUGAUACGUUGUGCAACAAAGCUAGUUUUGACUACAAAGAUGCAUUAGGCAAAGCCAUCUUAUUUUUUGAAGGACAACGCUCAGGUAAAUUGCCAGCGAGCCAGAGAGUAAAAUGGAGAGGAGAUUCCGCCCUAAGAGAUGGAAAGCCUGAUAAUGUGAACUUGGCUGGAGGUUACUAUGAUGCAGGAGACAAUGUUAAGUUUGGGUGGCCUAUGGCAUUUACAACAACGUUAUUGAGUUGGGCAGCAAUCGAGCAUAAAUCAGAAAUCUCUUCAGCCAAACAGCUUGAUUACCUUCGCCAAGCCAUACACUGGGGGUCCGAUUUUAUCAUAAAGUGUCACACCUCUUCCACCACUCUCUACACGCAGGUGGGAGAUGGAAACCAGGAUCAUGAGUGCUGGGAACGUCCAGAAGACAUGGACACCCCAAGGACACUCUACAAGAUUACUUCAUCAUCCCCCGGAACAGAAGCCGCGGCGGACGCCUCCGCUGCCUUAGCAGCUGCAUCCAUGGUGUUUACAGGGGUUAAUCCAAGCUAUUCUUCUAAGCUUCUUAAACAUGCCCAAUCUCUCUUUGACUUUGCAGACAAGUAUAGAGGAUCUUAUUCAGCUUCUUGCCCCUUUUAUUGCUCUUUUUCAGGUUAUCAGGAUGAACUUCUAUGGGCUGCGGCAUGGCUCUAUAAGGCUAGCGGAAGAAGUAAAUACUUGAAGUAUGUUUCUAGCAAUAAAGGGUGGAGUCAGGCAGUUUCAGAAUUUAGUUGGGAUAACAAGUAUGCUGGGGUUCAAAUUUUGCUAGCCAAGGAAUACUUAACAGGCAAGAAGAUGCUGAGUGAAUAUAAAAGCAAAGCAGACUCUUUUGUAUGCUCAAUUAUACCUGGAAGUGGUACCGCUCAGAUUCAAACAACUCCUGGUGGACUUCUAUUUACAAGGGAUUCAGCAAAUUUGCAAUAUACAACCAGUGCAAUAAUGCUACUCUCUAUCUAUGUUAAAGCUCUUAAUAAGGCUCAUAUAUCUGGUGUCCAAUGUGGCUCAGUAAAUGUAGCUCUUUCCAAGAUUAGAACCUUCACAAAAUCACAGGUGGAUUAUAUUCUAGGAGAUAACCCUAUGAAAAUAUCCUACAUGGUGGGAUUUGGAAGCAAGUUCUCACAACAAGUGCACCAUAGAGGAGCUUCAAUCCCAUCCAUUAAAACGCAACCAGCUAAGGUAGGAUGCAACCAAGGUUACUCAAGUUGGUAUAACAGCAACAAUACGAACCCCAAUGUUCACGUCGGAGCCGUCGUCGGAGGUCCGGAUGCUAACGAUCAAUUCAAAGAUGUGAGAUCAGACCACACCCAUUUAGAGCCUACGACUUAUAUGAAUGCUGCUUUUGUGGGUUCAGUGGCUCCUUUGCUUUCCAGUGAUUAUGCACCUAUUUGUUUGGACACUUUGGAGUACUUGACAUUCAAGAAGCUAGCCAAUCACACCAAUGCAUUGGCCAAGACAAUCUAGUCACUACAUAAUUAUAAAUUAGUGGACGUUAUUACUUAUUAGCAUCAAGCUUAAUUACAUAAUUAUAUAAUGGUAUGCUGAGUGAAUAUAUAUGAUUUGCAAAUCGU